AUGCAGGUUAAGGUUUUUAUGUUAAGGACAAACAAAUUCUUAUUGGAAAACAAAGAAGAAGAAGAAAAACCGAAGGGAUGGACAGGGGGCCGGGACGAUAAGUGUAACCUUGAAGGUUUUCGAAUGCCUUUUUUGAAAACACAAACAGGCGGGAUGAGGGGGUAG